CUGUCUGUCUGUCUGCCUGUCUCUCCUUCCCGCCCUCCCCCCUUCCUCCCUCUCCACGUCUCCAUCAUGUCCACUGGGUCCCUCAGCGAUGUGGAGGACCUUCAAGAGGUGGAGAUGGUGGAAUGUGACGGGAUGAAAGUGGACCCCAACAAGGAAUUUGGGACUUCCAACGAGAGCACCGAGGAGGGUUCCAACUGCGAGAACGGGUCUCCCCAGAAGGGCCGCGGCGGCCUGGGCAAGAGGAGGAAGGCGCCUACUAAAAAGAGCCCCCUGAGUGGGGUCAGCCAGGAAGGGAAGCAGGUCCAGCGCAACGCGGCCAACGCGCGCGAGCGGGCCCGCAUGCGGGUGCUGAGCAAGGCCUUCUCCAGGCUCAAAACCACCCUGCCCUGGGUGCCCCCCGACACCAAGCUCUCCAAGCUGGAUACUCUGCGGCUGGCGUCCAGCUACAUCGCCCACUUGAGGCAGAUCCUGGCUAACGACAAGUACGAGAACGGCUACAUCCACCCCAUCAACCUGACGUGGCCCUUCACAGUGGCUGGGAAACCCGAGAGCGACCUGAAAGACGUGGUGACUGCGAGCCGCUUAUGUGGAACCACGGCGUCCUGACCUUGGAGGUGCGAGUCUGGGAAAGGCGCGCUCCCCGGGGGAGUGGGCCCCAGGAAGGCGACCCCUGCCCUCCCUUCUCUCUUGUCUCCGCUACCCUCUCGCAGAGCCCCUCUUCCCAGCCCUCCCCUGCGAGAACACUUUAGAGCGACGAGGAGAUUCGUUUCCAAACCGAGGAAGGACAACUGUACUUACAGACGCCCAUCUAUUUAACGUUAUUCUACCGUGAAUGACUUCUGUGAGCCUUGCUGGUCCAAGUGCAAUAUGUAAUUAUAUAUAAAUAUAUAUAAACAGAUGAUAAGAGCCUAUCGAUGUGUACCUUUUGUAUAAUAUGUUGUAAGAUGUAAUCAUAGAAUAGUUGACUUUGACAGUCACAUUUAUAAAGUAAAUUCACUCAAAGAUAUAUAUUUUUUUCAAGCAAGUUUUGCUACUUUUGAAAAUAAAAACUUUCUUGAUAUUG